AUAUUAACAUUUUAUCAUAAUCGUAAUCGGAAAGUGUUCUGCUCGAAAUUCAUGUUUUGAUUCACCGAGUGAAAACGUAUUCUUUUUCAUUAAAUACUUUCUCAAAUAAUAAUCACUUGACCAUCCCUCUUUACCAAUAUGCUGAAUCGUUUGUAAAGCAUUCUUCAGUUCAAUAUGUCUCGCGUUAUAGGCGCAGCUACUGUUCGAUUAGUUGAAAAAACACGUCGAUUACCAGCAAGGGCUGCUUUGGUGCUUACCCCUGCUGCAGUAAGUCGCAUUAAAACUUUGCUUGAAAAAGAACCAAAUGCCAUAGGUCUUAAAAUUGGCGUAGCUCAGCGGGGUUGCAAUGGCUUAAGCUAUACACUGAAUUACGCGAAGGAGAAAGGUAAAUUUGAUGAAGAAGUUGUUCAAGAUGGUGUAAAGAUUUUGAUCGAUGCUAAAGCACAGUUGACUCUCUUAGGCACUGAAAUGGAUUUUCAAGAGACUACUUUAUCUAGCGAAUUUGUUUUUAACAAUCCAAACAUUAAAGGGACAUGUGGUUGUGGCGAAAGCUUUAAUAUUUAAAGAUUACUAUUAUAAAUUUAGAUAUGUAAAUAUUAACUUAGGAAAUUAUAAUAAAUCUUAAGUAGUUUAUGAAGGAAGUUGCUGUAUGAGUUAUUGUUAUUGAAUCUUUGUUUUGAAUAGAAUGUUUGUUUAAAAAAUUAUUAAAGCUAAAAGUAUACUUUUUAACACUACAUGCUGCCAAGAGUUGGUCUCCACCUAAAGUGUUACUCAUAUAAAGCUUUGAUGUCAACCUGAUGAAUUGUAUCUGUAUGUAAUAAGCAACAUUAUAUUAUGAUUCAAAUAAUGCUGUAUGAUGCCUGCAUCGCAUUUUUAAACAUGGAUGUAUUUCUAGACAUCAAUGCUGUCAAAAAUCUCUGCUUUUAGUUGCAUUUUAAUGAUGGGCGAGCAUUGUUUACUAUUAAAUUUUUUAAUUAAUUUAAAUUUUAAUUGUAUCUACUUACAUAAUAACAUAAAAAAUAAUUGCUUUUGAAAUAUAAGUACAAAUUUCAGAUGUCUGCAAAAGUGUUUAAAAGCCCUUAAUGUUAACCAUGUCAUUUGUUUGUAAAUGAAUGUAGAAUUUGUUCGUAAAUGAAUUUGAAUUAAAAUAUGGUUUGAUUAUUUA